CACCGACAUCCGACUCCACCGUACCUUAAAUCAUCUACAUUCUACAUCCUCCCCUCACAAGGGCACCAAAAGAAGUAAAAAAUGCCAACCGUGCUAAUCCUCGGCGCCUCCGUCGCCGGCCUGCCCAUCGCGCACGCCCUCCUCAAAAACAACGCCACCACCACCAAGAAAACCAAAGUCAUCCUCGUCAACCCCUCGCCCGACUUCUUCUGGAUGAUCGCCGCCCCGCGCAUCCUCGCCAAGCCCGCCGCCUUCCGGCCGGAGCAGUACCUCAUCCCCAUCGCGCCGGGGUUCGCCGCCUAUCCCGCGGGCGAGUUCGAGUUCGUGGAGGGCGCCGCGACGGCGGUGGACUUCGCGGCGAAGAGGGUGAGCGUUGCGCUGGCUGCGUCUUCGUCUACCGCAGGGACGAAGACGAGGGAGCUUGGGUAUGACUACCUCGUCCUCGCGACGGGGAGUACCACGCCUUCUUCUGUUGCUGCCGAUUCUGGGACCGCGGCGCUGUACCCGUUCAAGCCCCCGCCCCCUUCGCCUGCCCCUUCCAACCCCACCCCCGCCCCCCUAGGGGAGUUGAUCCGCAGCGCGCAAUCGACCAUCCAGAAGGCGAAGCGGAUCGUCAUCGGCGGCGCGGGGCCGAUCGGGCUCGAGACGGCGGGCGAGCUCGCUGACCUCCCGCAUAAGCCCUCUAUAACUCUGAUCUCCGCUGCGGAGCGGAUACUCCCAGGACUAACAGAGGGCGCGGGCCGGACAGCAGCGACACAGCUCGCAGCGAAGGGGGUGCACGUUGUGACCGGACGGAAGGUCCAGAGCUACUCCCCGACGGAGGGGGUCGUGACGCUUGACAACGGCGAGACCCUCGAGACGGAGGUGUAUAUCCCGACGACCGGGGUGCUUCCGAACAGCGCCUAUCUGCCGCGGGAGGUGCUGGAUGAGAAGGGGUGGGUGGUGGUCGACGAGGAGCUGCGCGUGCACGGGCCGGCGGUGGAGGGGGUCUGGGCCGCGGGCGAUCUCACCGCGCAUCCGGGGCGGUUGGCGCAGCGCGCCGGCGAGCAGGCGGCCAUUGUGGCGCAUAAUCUGGUCGUGGAAAUUGGUGGGACUGGCAGGAGGAGACGCUUUGCGCCGGGCAGGGCGAUGAUGGUCGUGCCCAUUGGGGCGGCGGGGGGCACCGGGGAGUUGUGGUUUGGGUGGGUGCCCUUUGCUUGGUUGGUGAGGUUGGUCAAGGGGAGGGAUUUCUUCAUCGCUAAGGCUAGAGGCCUUGUUUUUUCUUGAUUGUUAUCUUAUAG